AUGCACACAAGGUCACAAUUGGAGGAUAUCUUGGAUUGGAGAAGAUUGGACGUGUUAGAGAAGAAGGUGCCUGUCGACAUCAGCUUGUUGGACGAGGAUGUUGUCAAGGAGUUCUCCGCUGAAGACUUGCCUGGUUUAGAUGAAGAUGCCCAUGUCUGGGAAGAUAAUGAAGAUGAUGACAAUGUUAAUGAUGAUUUUUCUAACCAGUUAAGAACUGAAUUAGAAAAAAUUGGAUACAAGAUGGAAACAUCAUUGGUGAAGUUCUGA